CAAAGGGAACCGAAGCCAGCCACAACACUGGCCAUAAGCGUUUUCUGAUCGACAGUCUCAAUCAAGCGCAGUGUAACUUCGAUGUCAACUCGUUGUGCUCGUGGCGUAACGUGCACGAUCUCGAUGACUUUGAUUGGGUUUUGUAUCAAUCAUCAACACCCUCGGACGACACGGGGCCAGACUUCGAUCAUACAACACGCAAUUCCUCUGGAUCGUACAUAUUCACAGAAUCAAGUGCUCCGCGAAAUGAGUUCGAUUCAGCUUGGAUUCAAAGUCCUACGAUUGAGGUGACUUCAGAUCCCGUGCAUUGUUUUCGGUUCUGGUACCACAUGUAUGGAUCUUCGAUUGGUCGACUUAACGUCUACCAAGUAAACAACGGUGGGUUACCUGGCAAGCUUGUUUGGUCUCUUACUGGCGACCAAGGUAACUCGUGGAAAGAAGGACAAGUGCCACUUAAUUCAAAUCAAAGUUAUUCGAUUCUCCUAAGUGGGGUAAUAGGCAAUGGCUUUCAAGGUGACAUUGCUGUGGAUGACAUUAAUUUGUCGGUUGGUUAUUGCGAAGUCAAACCAUCCAGCGCCUCAAGGACUGACGUCACAAACACCACAACCACACCCGUUGAUGGCACGCUGUCUGCCUGGGGUAGCUGGGACGCAUGUUCAAAAAGCUGUGCGAAUGGAACUCAAAGCCGACACCGCACAUGCGAUUACUCGCCUCCCACCGCUCCUCAUGGCAAACCGUGCAGUGGUUCCUUGAAAGAAACCAUAAUAUGCAAUACAGAAAAAUGUCCAAUUGCUGGUCACUGGUCGAACUGGACCAACUUCACUGCGUGCAGUGUGACCUGUGCUGGCGGCACGCAUACGAGGAAUAGAACCUGCAUAUUCGAUGAUCCGGAAGCACCCCAUUGUUCGGAGUGCUUUGGGAACACCACGGAUACACAUAACUGCAACACGCAGUCGUGCCCAGUUUGUGCCCGGAACUUCUUGUCUGCCGCAGACUACGAGAGUGAUUGGGUUUCAAUUGAGGCCUACCACCCAACACAGGCUGUUCUGACGUUCCCUCACGGGUUGGGCGAAGUUCCAUUGUUAGUCGAUGUCUCAAUUAAGUCAACUAAUGGACCGAACAAGGACUUCAUUUUUUCGGCUAUUGGUUCUCAGCCGAGGGAUGACGAUAUACCGCAGCAAUGGGGAGGUGUGGUCUAUUUUUACAACAAGAGUCACGUGAUCGUAUCGGCUCCCACGCAAUCCAACACCGUCGCUAUUUUGGGGCACGUAAUUUACACAGACAAUACCUCGUUCUACGCUGGGCCCAACGCAGAUUCCGUGGACAUCGCCCUUGUGCGCGUGCGUGCCUGGCGCGUGUCCACGCUACCACUUCCGGCGUGGAAGGUCACUGGAAUUCCAGUGGGCUUCAACAGGCCAGAUUUAUUAAUAGAGGAACCACAUCCAUUGAAUGAACAUCCUGUCCUCGUUGUAGUUAGAACGAGGAUUACAGGUGGAACUUUGGCCGGAUAUGUGUCCGAUACUGUGGGCGCUAGUUACUUAACUAGAGAUAAUGAAGAUGCCACCUAUUGCUCUGGUUAUAUAAUAAGUGGCUUCAGUGACAAAGCAGUACGGGUGUGGACGAACAGCCACGGCUGCUCUAUAGCAGCUGGUAACGACGGAUAUUUUGGAAAUAAAAGUCUGCAUGGAGGGCGUGGCGAUUUGGAAAUAUUCGCGUGGUCGGCUAGUUCACUUAGCAAUGCCUUUUCCAUCGCCGGAUAUCUCGGACCGUCGGUUGAAAAUGAGAGCCUUGAGUUACCCUUGACCACUGCAACACAUUCGUCAUUUGUUCGGUCAUGGGUGGAAAGCAUGAAUGGACCGAACGCCGGCUUCCGGUUUAUCGGAGCCGGAGCUGCCUCACCGUUCGCCACCAAGACAGACCCCGUCUGCACUUAUGGCGGUCUCGUGUUCGCUUACAAGGAGUCCCUCGCGCGUAUGUGGCGCCCCCUGGUUAGCGGCAAUGGCGGCCUGAUCUGCGUGCCAGAAGCGUUCGGGAACGGAACACACUCGCAGUUGGACCACGGCGGUAAAGUUGUAAUCAACGUUUGGAGCACUAUGCCGAUAGAGCCCUAUCAUUGGGUAGAACCACAACACAUGUGCAUGCAUACGAAGAUACCGUGAGGACGUCAUUUUAACUCGCGAUUACGUCACUGUAAGCAUUGAUGACGUCAUCUAAAGUGGCUUUCCGUUGUAUAGCUCUCUAUUCAUUGCUUUGUAAAACGUUAACGGCUUUUAUUUUACUGAAAAUGGGCAUUUAAUCAAUUGAGAAUGAUCUUAUUUAACGGAACAAUUAUCUUUAUUUCACUGACAAAGUAUUUUUGUCAAUUUUGAUUUGAAAUACGUACAAACCUAAAACAAAACGCUAGUUACGACUCAACAAUCAUUAUUAUUGUUAACGAUUUCAAAGAGUUGAUUUGUGUUAUGCGUUCGUGACCAUGUGUUUCAAAUAUUCAACAUAUAUAGACAUGGAUCGCAAGAGUAUCACAAUAGCAUUCAGUUAGGUACUAGUUCAUCUUUUUGUAUUACUAAAAUAUCGUUCAUCCAUUAUUUAAUAAGGGUUUAAAUACAUUCAAAAUCGUGUAAUCUCUAAUUAUCUCUAACG